CAAAGAGCGACUUCUGGUGGCAGACGAGUGACGUCACCCGGCCUGAGAAGUAGAAGAUGGCCGAAGUGGGAACAAGUGAAAAACAAGCGAACAGUAACGAGACCAAAGCGUUCCUAAGCAUUGUACUGAAUGAACCAUGGACAGAGAAGCAAAAGGCGUUAAUUUUAGAAAAAGUCACUUCCGAUUUGAAAACUUGGAUUCAAGAGUCAAGUAAAGUGGAUUUGGAACAAGAGCUAAAUAGUUUUUUAUCGCAAGACGUUAAACAAGAUUCGGACAAUUGCGCCACCUACGUAACUGACAAUUUUGAAUUAAACAUCCUGUACAAUCCUUCAUCGGCCAUUCUUAGUUCUUCAAUCGCAAAACUGAAGAAUGCACACUAUGCACACUUCAUCUAUUCUGGUGUUGUUCUACAAGGUUCUGGCGAUUGGCCAUUGAAAGAGGAAACUUACACUUCAGGCAAAUUUGCAUCAGAAAUAACUGCUCUUGGAAAUAAGGAUUUAGAGCUCGUGCUUUGUGCUUUUAAUCAGGGGAAAUGGACUCAAAAUGGCUUGUUAAAGAAAGGUUUAACUAGCCUUAGGAAACUAGUCGUAAAUCCAGAUGGAGGAUCGGUGGAAACCCCUCAGUAUAUUGAUAGUUUCGCUUCUUAUGUUCAAAACAUGCUUGUAUUUGAAGACGUCACAAAAACAUUAGAAGCGUCCAAUAUUGUUGGUAAUAUUCGUUUCAAUAGACCAACCUUAUAUAUUUUCCCAGCUGGUGAAGGCGAUUCUGCUUUCUUCGGUAUAUCUGGAUUUACUUUCAUGGCAAACGGAGGCUACUCCCGUCAGUCCUGCUUUUGGCCAUUUGUGAAACAUUUGGAUAGAAUUGAUGCCUUGUUAGUUACACAUUUAAAUUCCGACAAUCUAUUCGGUGUAAAUAGUAUGUUAGAGAAAAAGCUGACUGAGAAGAUACAUCCCGACAUCGGUACAACCCUUUUUAACGCUCCAAACGCAAAAACACCGUCUACCGUACAAACAGACAGUUUAUACGUAAAUAUGGCUGAUGUUGCUUCUGGAAUUGUUGAUAACCUGAGUGGAUUGAAUGUAAACCGUCUUAAUUGCCUUGCUUCUAAGGAUAUCACAAAGCCCUUGAAUUUAUACCAGAAAUUAGGCUACGGUUCAUUGGAUUUGUACGUUCUUAAUCCCCAACAGGAUUCAAAAGAGAUAAAAGACUUUCUUUCACAGUGGUCAAAAAGAGUUGAUUCCUUUUCCCAGCAGAAAGUAUGUAAAUCCAAAGGAAAGGAGGCAAUGAUCUCUUUAACACAUUUAGUCUCGGUAUCAGUCAUACUUGUAUGGCGACCAGCAUCACCAAAGGAUAAUAUUGUACGAAUACUAUUUCCUGGAAAUUGUCCUCAAAACAAGCUAUUAGAUUCGCUUGAAAAGUUAAAAUCUUUGGAUAUUUUUAAAAAGCUAAAUUGUACUGAAGAGUCCCUUACUUUUAAAAAACCUACCACAACUCCACCGCUAUCAAGCAAGAGUACAAGUUCUCUUAAGACUGAUUUAAAGAAGCCACCUCCUGUUAAAGAUACCAAACCAGAAGUUAAAAAGAAUAUUCCACCGAAAGAAACAAAGCCGGAAUUGAAAAAAUCAUUGACCACAACUCGGGAUUCAAAAACAAAAAUUGAUAGAACAACCCCAGCUCCUGGACCGGCUAAACGACCACCCCUCUCAGCUUCAAAAUCCAUGGACUCCAGGCCUACAACAGCAACCUCUAAACAAGUUGUUAAAAAGCAGCAAACUGUAACUUCUGCUACAACAGUGUCGGCUACGCCGAAGAGAACAGUUGAAAAAACAACAAAAGCUGAACCAAGCAAAAGGCCACCAGUAGGAAGAGCAGCAGCAGUUAAGCCUAAAGAUAAACUAACAAAGAAAGAACCUGUAAAAAAAGAAAAACCUAAAACGGAUAUUAAAAAAGCAUCGCCAAGAGAAGCGCCUGUCUCAAAAGAAGCUAUUGAAACUGAAUCACCAAAAUCUGUUGAACAGCCUCCACUAGUUAUGAAUGGUGAUCCUGCCCAUUUUGUACAACAGGAACCAGAAAAUAUAGCUGAAGCCGAACAAGUUAUAGAAACAAAGCCAAGUGAAACAACAACUGGAAGUCAGGAAGUCGAGCAACCGAAAACAGAACCCCAAGAAUUAGUAAGAACAGAAGCUGUAGAGACACAAGAGAAUAAUAGUGUGGAGAAUAUGGAUAGAACACCGGCAGAUGGUUCAGGAGAUCCUGGAUCUAUUGAUAAUAAUGAAACUGCUAAAUCGUCAAAUGAAAACGGUAAUGGUGAUAACGUUACUGAUGAACAAAAAACUGAUAUAAUAACGGAAAGUAUUGAACCGGAAAUGAACGAUGUAGCUGAGACAGUGAAUAUUGAGGAAAAUGUAAACAAUGGGAAUGGGGCGGACGCAAACAAAACUGACGAUACUAAGCAGGAAACGAUUGGUGAAGCCGUUGAUGUAAAAGAUUUACCAACGGAAAUGACAGCUUCUUUAAUUGGAAGUUUAGAUGCAAACGACAACAAGAAUGAAAAGCCAACUCAGCUAGACACUUCUCUACCAGAAGGUGUCGAUCCACCCAUGAGCUUGCCACCCCCACCACCUAAAGCCACCGGAAGAAUGUCAAUAGGAGGUAGACCACUAGCCAGGAGUGCCACAGUUGCUGAUCCGUCUUCUAGAUCAAAUUCCAGUCGAAUGUCUCUACCACCGCGAACAAAUGGUGCAUCGUUUGCUGAAGCCCGUCGAAACGCAGCAAGUUUUAAUGUUGAUUUGGCUUAUAUCCCAUGUCAUGGUGAUCCAAAUCACGUGGAUAGUGCCUUCUUCUCAAAGAUUAAAGCCAAGCAUUACGUGUUAAGUAGUCUGUCGCCUUCUCGUUAUAUUUUAGAUGCUUUCCUGGACGGUUUAACCGAAGGAGAAGAUGAAAUUCAAUUGAUACCAACCUACGAUACGCCAAUUAUGCGUAAUUGGAUUGCAGUUAGAGAGGACGAUUUGAGAACUAAGAAUGUUAAGAUAGCACCUUCGGCAAGUAGGUGUGGUAUUCAAUUGCAAGACAAUGAAAUAGGAUGCCCAGCUUUUAGAUUGGAGUUUUAGAUGACAAAUUUUAUUGAAAAAAGUGAAUUUUCCUUUUUGCAUGAGUUUCCCCCUUCGCAUAUAUUUAUAUAAUAGUAUAUAUAUAUAUACUCGUUAUAUUAUAUAUGGGUUUUCUCUCUCUUUUUUUUUUACAACAGCAGUCACUAUUUUUGCUAAUUGUGCUUUCUCUUUUUUUUUAAAAAAAAAACCGUGUAAAAUUGUGAAUGUUUUGUCGCUUCGCUUUAAAAUUUUCAAGUAAAAUGAGGGAGAGAAAAAAAAUAUUAAUCUCAAUUCUUUUGUCCGACUGACCAGAAAACAAAGAAAUAUAAUUUGCAGUUUUUCCCUGAUACAUGCAUCAAAUAUAUAAGUAAAUAUUGUA